AAUCAGAACACUUUGCUAAGUUAACUACACUUUGUUUGAUUCAGGAUCAAGUUCAUCUUCUCUGAAAACAGUAAAUAAAUAAGUAUAUGUCAAUAUUUUACUGCCUUUUUUAUUGAUUCAACAGUAAAAAAAGAAAAUACACUUCAUAUACAUUGUAUGAACUUAAUUCUUCACUCAGCAACAACCUCUUCAAAUAUAUAUUGUAGUAAACCCAUGCAUUUAUCAGGACUUGGUGAUAAAUUUAGGGUUAAAAUAAUAAUUAAUGCAAUAAAAACCCCUGACAAAGAACCUGCAGUUUCCCCCCUUAAUGGAAAUUAGCACAAAUUUAGGCUAUGUAGGUUAAUCUUUUAAAUAGUUUCCUAGAAAAAUACAUUGUAGCUAAGAGUAUUUAGUGGUGUUCAGCAUAUUCCUUAAUAAUAUAACAUCAUCACACCAUUAAAUUGUAGUUGGAGUGAUGAGUCCUCCAAAGAGGAUCCUGAAAGUUGACUUAUCUUAAUUGCCCAAGUGUACAGAAUGUUUUUAUAGAUUUUAGAAAAUAAAAAUCUGUUUCAAAUUUUAGCCUCAACAGCUUCUUGCAUAGAGGGGCCUAGCUAGCUGACAAAUGUUAGCCAUACAAGUUCCUAAAAACCAGGUUCUUAGUCACAGGUUUUUACUAUAUAGGUAAUUGCAGUGAGUUUAUAAAGUUUAAAUUAAAGCAUGUCUCAACAUUUGUUAACCAACAUAAUUAUGUUAGCUUGUUUUGAAAACUCAACCUUGAAGUAGGAAACUGCAUGUCAUGCUCCAAAGUACUAUUCAUCAAGAUGAUCCAACUAAAAGUUUCAAAAGUUUUGUCAAAAACACCAUUGACCAAAGAAAACAACUGAUGUCAAAUGUUAACCCAAGCUAUUAAUUUCUAUAAGUUCAUUUUUUUCUUUUUUUGGAGGGAGUGACUACCUUCAGAAAAUUUGCCAUAUCUUAUACCGUUGAAAAGAUGAUUCCUUUGCAGCUGGUUAUCUUUCACUUAACAUUUACGCCUAAAUGUUUAGACAGGAAAUUUAGAAACAGAGCUGCCUGCCAGAGAAGCCAUUCAUACGAAAGACACAUUAUCCACCCUCACUCUAAGAUGUUAUUAGCAAGCAGAGAGGUAUUAAAAGACAGAGAACCCAAACCUUUGUGAAACGAGUAAAUUGUCAGCGGAUAACUUCAAAAAAUACUCGACCUUGAUGGGUCGACACCUGAGCCCGCGAUACGGUAAGGUCAUACUGAUCAGCGGAUACCCUGUUUUGACAGCUGUCCAUUGAUGACAACAUUGAUGUGCAAUCAGCUUUCUCCUGGGCUCCAAAAGUAGCUAGAAAGUGUGAGAGUAAACAUUGGUAUGCCUGUGGAGCGGACGGACGGGCAGCGGGCGGGCGGGCGGUGUACGGUCACGUGAUUACCAAAUCUUCUGGGAUGGGUAGAUUUACUUACCCAUGGUGCUCCGCAGGCGCGCUUCGCGCGCCAGAGCUCCGCUAUUACAUCGCCAAACAGCGGGAGUCGUGUUUAGCCUGUCAACCUCUUUUAGCAGCUGUCUGUAACAGUUCGGAUGUCUGUCCCUCAGUAUUUCACAAGAUAAAAAAAGUGAAUGAAUUAUCGUUGAAUACGUAAAUAUAUAACCAACGCCUGAACGUUUACUUUAAAUUAGCCUAAAAUCUAGUUUUUGUUUCCCCACCAAAGAUAGGAAAACAAAUGUCUAUACAUUCAGUUCAUUGUCUUUUUUAUCCUUUAUUUUUACAUCCUUGUUACCGAACAUUCCCUCUUUCUCAUUCACACGAAGCUAUUUACUUCUUAUUGAAUUCAUCUUACCAUUGCAUUACUUCAUUCACGCGCGUCUUUUUUACAGUUUGACCUGCUGGCAACAAAUAGCUUUGUUUUUCAGUCACAACAAAGGGUCAGUGUAACUUUUUCAUACCAACCCUAACUUUAAUUUUGAGGAUGACGUAAUAAAGAUAGUUAUAUUUCCAUGAGUUCUGUGAUUCUGCCAUUGUGAAAUAGUUAAGUAUCGGCCAACGCCACAGAUAAAGGUAAAGCUGGAAAAAAUUCCUUGGAAAGGGAAUGCGUUUCCAAAGUAUCGUUUUUAUUGCUACUAGGGGACAAGUAGUUAACAUACCAAAGCAAAUUGCAGGAUGAUAGUUAGAUGAUACUGACAAUAAAUAACUUCAUGUAAAUCCCGGGGGGUACCGUCCCUUGUAUAAGCCACAUAGUUCAGUUUUGGUAUGUGUCGCUCCAAAGGGUAUGGUUUCUUUUUGCGCAUUUUUUGGUCUGAAAACGGGUAUAGAUUUUGCCCAUUUUGGUCUAGAAUCGAGUACAGUUUUCGGGGGAGUUGCAGGAGUGCAUGAACGUAAUUAUCGUUUCAACUGCAAAUCAGUAAGAAAGAAAGAGAAAUACGCGAAUUCGAAAUGGAUUUGAAGAAUUUCUUUUGUUUGCGCUCUAAUUUAAGAGAUGAUGACAUAAUUUCUGCCUAAAGAUCAGGUCUGAAAACGGGUAUGGAUUUGGUCUGGUCUGGUCUGGUCUGAAAACGGGUUUUCUAAGUGUCGAAACAGCGUCGACUCUACUCUAUGCUCAAGAAACCACAACAGCUCAUCUGCGAAGCCAUUCUUGUUUUGCUGAUUGCUUGGUUAUUCUAAAUGAAGAUAGAAUACUUUCAAAGGAUUAGAAAAAGGGAUAUUUGGGACUCUCGAAAAAUAAAAAAAAAUACUUGAUUAUUUCGUUUUUAACUAAAAUGACCGUCUGGCCGGCCACUUGCGACUUCGUCGCUCUUCGACAUGGAUUAGCUUUCUAUGGAUAGUUAAAAAGGGUGUUCUAGAUGGAAAAAGAAAAUGAACUCUCACUGGAGAGAAUGAAAAGGAAGCUCACACUGAUCGGAAAUGACUUCAGCAGAUUUUCAGAUUAUAUGACACGGAUCUUAAGUUGAGCUGAGCUGCUUGAGCAACUACAACGGUGCGGCAACGGGAACAUCUUUCAUCAAUCUGCGCUGCUAGGGAAUUAUGGCAUAUGUUCUUAUUUGUUUUGUCGUUUGUUCUAUUUUUUUGUUGUUUCGCGGAAGCACCUUAAGUAAGCAAAGCAUCUCGAGCCCGAGGCGGGGUAACUUAGAAAAUUUGGGGUGGGAAUGUAUCGCUGGGACCCUAAAACCCUUAGCAGGUAGAAUAUUUUUGGAGGAGCUUUGGGGGUAAGUACUUCAUGUCAAGCCAUCAUAUAGUUGUCCAUACAAAUUGCCAGCAUCCUUGCUUGUGAUGCUUUGCUUACUUGGGGUGCUUUGCUUGCUUGCGAUACUUUGCUUACUUGCAAUGCUUUGCUUACUUGGGAUGCUUUGCUUGCAUCAGGUGCUUUGCUUACUUGAGGUGCUUUGCUUGCUUGAGAUACUUUGCUUACUUAAGGUGCUCUGCUUACUUUCAAGGCUCCUGUUUUGAUCAAUGAAAAUGCGGCCGAAACGGUUAGCUACCUCUUUCCUGCAACUAGGUGCAAGCUAAAUCAAAUUCAUCCCUCUGCUUUUUAAUUUUCUGUUGUGUAGUGCUAUGCUGCGUUUAACUUGAACCACGCAUAAAAAUUCAAAAGUGUCUAAAUGUUUGCAGUGUGGGCAAACCGAAUGGCAGUGGAUUUUGUAAUAGAGUCCAGCUACGCACUGGAAGUCUUUCUCGGGUACGGCGGGAUAAAACCUGACUGGUACCCAGGGUAACGCGCGGUAUGUUAUCUCUGACUGUAUUUCGUAACGGCUGCUCUCAGCUAGAUUCAAGUGAUUGAAAGAUGUGCUCCAUAUAAAUACAGAAUUCAGCACCUAUAGAGCUAGUCUCCUAGGCCUUCGAAUGAAAGCCCUAUGCCUGUACUUACACAUGGUGCUAUUUGUUUUUCAUGAAAUUUGGAAAUUUGGUCGAAAUUUACUAUCGGUUAAAUUUGGCAGUGAAAGGGUUAAGGCAAGAAUAUUAGCGUUUUUCAAUUUGGUCCAAAAUAUAAACAGUCAAGGCACGGAAAGGUCAAGUAAAUUCUACACCGGUUUGACUAACUUGCUUUGUUUGUUUUGGCUCAGUUCUCUUUUAAACUGCCCUAAUGUAUUCAUCUUUGGCAAAUCUUUGUUUUCUUGGUAGAUGUUGGCUUUAAUUAUACAUGAGCAACAGGGUGGACAGGUGUCGGAUCUUAGUAUGCAAAUUCAGGGGGCUCUCUGCAAUCACGUGCUUACCGCUCCUUUGAAGCUUAAAAAUGAAUAAUAAAAAUACAGUCUGAACAAAGAGAAGGCGAAAAUCACCUGCGGCGAAGAUACUUGACUCUUCAGACUGUCUUUUACCCACUGGAGUGCCUCCUGACUCGGGUCGUUGAGAAGACAGACCAAAAUGGCUCGGUUCUAAUUGAAUUGAAUAAAUUUUCUUGUUCGUAGAGUAUGGCUAACCUCGCAAUUUAUUGCCGCAACUCGCUAGCCUUACUAUUUUUGAUGUGUUCUAUCGUUGUUUAAGGAACACUGUUCGGGUUUUGCUCGGUCGGUCCGAACCGACAGCGAAAUUCCUACAGUACUGAGCAGCGCACCACUUACAUUCAUUCAGCUAUUUGCUCAAUGUUCAUUUUGGGGGCUACCAACUGAAAGAGCAUGAAUUUUGCGAUCGUAGGGGAACAUAGUUUACGAUGACACUAAAUAUUACUCACUAUGGGUCGCAUCCUGAUUGGACGGAAAUUCCGAUUUUGUGAGGAACCCUUCGUAGAUUUUACAGUGAGGCAAAUAUUGGAGAGUAUUGCGCAACACUCAGAGGCAAAAUAAAGGCACAGGCGAGACUAGUUGGCUGUUUACUCAGGCUAUACAGAUAGCAGAGGAGCUAUGUUUGACAUUGAUUGCUUUGACAGUACAAUUGACCGAUCUUAGUGUCAUGGGUGCAAUAAGAAAUUACUAUUGUUUUGAUUCCAUAUGUGACUAGUUCACCGAAACGGGCAACAGGUUACCCAGGCCAAGCGCGCGGGGGACUGGGGACAACAAGGAUUCUCGGAAACUCGACGGAAAUGGACAAAAUGGCUGUCUUCGGGGAACCGUUGUAAACUUGAGCAGACCAGUGCGUUUAUCAGUUCUUGAAGAACGGUGGGAAACAGCCGCUUUCCUCGAAACUGCCAGUCAGAGGCGAAUUGUGAAUAGGUACGAUCACUUCUCGGAAACGAUGCGGAAACGACUGCCUUCCGAGAAAACUGCUGUUUUCGAAUCAUAAAUCUAACGAGAUAGUAAAUGAUACUUCAUAAGUGUUUAUAACUGUCAAAACACAGUAUAGAUUUAGUUGAAGGUUAAAGUUCGGCCACAAAAAAAUUGUCUGAGCCUUUUAGCUGUUAAAAAUUCUCAGAUACAUUUGAGUACAAAGCUUACGGCAGGGCUUGCGGUUUGUCGGCUUCCGGGUGAACUGGAGAAAUCGACGGCUACAGACGAACUUGGUAAGCAACAAAAUUUCGUGGAAACCAUUUAAAUUUAAAGCCUCUAUCGAUUUUUAUUGGAAAGAGAACGAAAUGUCUCUGGUAUUACUAAGUAGUUGUUAAUUUUAUUGUCAUUAUUUACUGUUUUAAUUCAAUGUAAAUCUUUAAGUCAUUAGUCUACACGCCAAGAACAAAGAAGUGAAGAUCACAUUUCUGUUAGAAAACACCUGUUUGUUUAAAUUUUAGCUAUUUAAAUUCAGGAAAUGUACGUACAGUUUUCUUAGCAUCGUGCUUGUAUCAUUUUCGCUUACAAGUUUUAUACGAACUUGAAUAAAGUGACAAUGAGGCCAUAAACCUCAGUGGAGACUCCACAAUGCAGUCAAUGGAGUAAAAAACUAGGCUGAAGAGCUUUUUAAGUAUCGAAUAUGAAUGAAACACAGGUGACUUUGACUGUUGAGAGCAGGCUAGUGGGAUUCUUCACGGAGCAGUGUCAUUUCUUUCACUCGUGUUACAAUUCAAUAGUUGUCUCACAAGACACUCAAGAGUCAACGAAAGUGCAAACAGGAAAUAAUCUAUCACGCGAGAGCGACUCUCAGGAUCGGGAGGCAUGUCGAUCACGUUAACACCAACUUCUCACUUAAAGAAAAAUGUUGGGUCCGGGGAAAUGAGGGUGAAAAAUUUCCAAGAAUCUCAUAGUGAUCAAAGAUUAACAUACAAAUUAACUCCAACUUUUCACUUAGGGAAAAAUGUUGGGUCCGGAGAAAUGAGGGUGAAUAGUUUCCAAGAAUCUCAUAGUGAUAUCAAAGAUUAACAUACAAAUUAAAGUAACAGAGGAGUCGUCAUGCACGGGCGACCUGUACCGAUUCCAAACACGGUUUGUGAUUGGCUGGGAUAACAAUAGGGAUGGUGACAUAACGAUGCCCCUAUCCUUGAAAACAAUAGGUAGUGCAGGUUAUAGGGACCAAUGAAAAAAGAGGUUUGGAAGGGUGCUGGUCAAUAGCCAUGCACAGGCGGAGGAGAGGGAUUUCAGCAGGAUGACAUCCCAUUCUCGUGCCCAGACCCACCCACUCGGCUUUAUUUACCACGUUACCAAAAAAAACGAUAGGCUCUGGGGACAAGAAUGGGUGACAUCCUGACUCCAGAGCUGUUUUCUUUUUCGCAUGCACAGCAGUAAUAUCUAAAGCUCUGGUGUAGAGAAGGUGUAGAAAAUACAUAAGUUCGAAGAGUGCCCGUUCCGAUCCAUCGCAACGGAUAUUUGAACCGACCUUUGGUAAACUAGGCGUGUUGUUUUUGUUUUGGUUGUUCUUGUUUUUUUUUUUAACUGCAGUAGGCGUCAAAGAGAUUUACGUCCAUCUUCUUGUACUAACUUGUUGUUCAAUAUUUGAAAGCGAGAAAAAUGGGAUCUCUAUUGAAGGACGCCGUUCCUGAUUUAAAACCGAUGUCAAAGCAAUGGCACGAGACGUUUGAUCAAAUCUUCAAAGGCUUUAGUCCAGACAAGUGGACACUGGAGCCAACUGACGCGCCCAUGCCCCAGGGAUGGCGAAGCUUUAAGGACAGCGCCAAGGUAAAGUUCCUCUGCAAAUCCUGCGGCAAUUCCUGGACAUCAAUGAGAGGAGUUGUUAUAUUCUGGUUCAAUAAAAUAAGCGACAAGCCAGAAGGAAAGGAGGAAAAAGAUCAAGACGACAGCAAGGAUUCAGAAACAGGAGCGAGCCGCUGCGAGAACGGAAAAGUUUGUAUGUAUCUACAGUUGAUAUAUUUUCUCUUGAUUCUUUCCUAGUUAAUUUUAAAACCUGUUGUUUAGCGUCUCGAAGAGAAAGCCAUGUCGCUGUUGGUGUUUAACUAUUAGAUUUGUACUUUUCUUCGUCCCUGUCGCAGUUUCAGUCCAUCUCGGUGUCGUUUGUCGCCCUUUCAGCUGAUGUCGCUGUUUCAAGGCCACGUCAGACAGACAAGCUUUAACAAGGCCUUAUUAUAUUGCGAUUUCUUCAGCCAUCCCUACACCCACUGAAAACUUAUCUUAGGUCCCCGGCGUUUAUAUGGAGAAAACGUGUCGAAGGUAGAAGGCGUCACUCGCCUACCCGAGCUACAGUGUGGCUGGGCGAGCCAACGUUUCCUACAUUUUCUUAUGAAACUUGGCAAACCAUUAAAAGCACAUUUACAUGAGAAACAAAAAGUUGAAUUGCUUGGAAGGGUGACCAUCUCCUAGCUGGGCUAACGUUAACCUGGCUUUCUCUCCAGUGGGGCCUCAGUUCUUAUUUGAGUGCACCGGCAGUGAGUUGAAUCUGGUACAAGUUUACCAAAACGAGAACGUACUAAUAAAUAUGUUUACUAUCAAACUUUCAAUCGAUCCUUUAGAUUCCUUAAGGUUUAGGCUGUACGGUCAGAAGUGCAAGAAAUGUGACAAUGAAGAGUUUAAAAGUCCAGAAUGGUACGGAGAGGAAGUGGAGAAAGUUCUGAAUAAUGUGCAUAAGAAAAUAGGAGAGGUUGGUGGCCUGCAUGUUAUUUACAACUUGACGCUUCAUAACGUCUAUUUAUUCCUAGAGGAGAAAAUGAAGCUCGCUGAUAUACGAUACUACCUAGUCUCCUACACCAAUAACAAUCCAUUGUUUUUAAUGCUAUAUUUUCAAACUCUUAUUUGUAACGAACUUUUAGUUUAUCUUCAUUUUUCUUUUAGCCCCUGAAGAAGGUUUGUUUUCAAACCGAAAUAUUGGGCAAAUUUGUUUAAAUAUUUAUUUUUUGUUUUAUUCUUUUGUUUACUUCUUCUUCUCCUUGCCGUAAGGAUCAGUUUGCCGUUUCAUAUUUUUCUACAAGUUGUUAUUGUACUGAUCCAGGUCUACAACUGGGAGAUCCGGCACCACUCAUUCGUUUGUCGCUGUGGACUUGCUGAUAGUUUAUAUAUUGUCUUAUUUAUAAGCUGUUACAUUUUGUGGUUGCUCGUAAGAUUAGAUACUUACUCGACGUUAAAAAGCUGGGUCAAAAUCAUUAGGGUUACUAGCGAUACCAAACCGUUUUGCCUUAUUAAACGUUGUUGAACAACCCAGGAGAUACUCAGGAAGUACUCCACGAAGUCAACUUUUUGGCUAUCAAGUUAAAACUAAAUCAGGACCAAAUGAAAGCUAGAAGAACGUGCUCCAAUCACCUCUGUUUAGCCAGCACGUGCAGGACCUUACGAGAUAAACUAGCGGCCACUUUUAGGUCCUGCUCCAGGAACGGAUCUAGGGGAACGGCGGAUGCACACCCCCUGACAUGACUUGUGGCUUUCUAAUACAUUGCAACUGGUAUUCUGCAAAAAAAAACUUUGUGGUUUAUUGGUGUUUAAGUAAAACAUGAGACGAGGUUGAAGAAUUUAUGUUAAACGCCGUAAAAAAAUAGUAGUUUGAUACGUCACGUCACUAGUCAAAUAAGACAUUCCUUAGUGGUUCCCCCCCCCCUCCUAAGAAAAAUCCUGGAUCCGCCCCUGUACUCGUUGCCCACUUAUGAUUAUUCAUGAAAGGGCACAUCAUCACCGCCUGGGCCUCUGAUAGGGAUGUGCGCAUGCUUAGGUCAUGUGAUGUUUUUAAUUACUUGUGAGUUAAAGUCGUAAAAAUAUUUGGAUCGUUGGCUGUAGUUACUAGAGGGGUCUGAUAUGAAAGCCGGCAAAAAUCAAAAGACGAAAACAAGUGUUUCUAACCGUCAGCUGGUUCAAAAUGAUAAGAACGCGUUCUACAUGCUCGGUCAAGUCUAAAACAGGGAACAAGAUAUAAAACAAAGAUCGCCCAAUGUAAGGUAAUCGGGAUUCCGGAAUGCGGCAAAUUCCUGCUCGUGGAAUCCGGAAUCCUGGGAAUUCAGAUCAAUGAAUCUGGAAUCCUGUUUAAGAUUAGAAUUCGGAAUCCAAGUUCCAUUGACAAGGAAUCCAGAAUCCAGGGCUGUCUUGGAGAAAGCUGCAGUUGUUAACUAUCGGUAAUGUCGCGGUAAUGUGUUUCCUAAUCUGAAGUGCACAUAAAACAACCCAAAGUCAGUAGCCACUAUUUGAUUUGAUGCCAGAUAAUCUCCUUUGUAACAGUUUGGAAUAGGCCAUUUCCAAGUUCCCCCGGGGCCUCUGUUUCAAAACAAGGGUAGGUGCUAAGCCUUUGAUAUGGAAAACAUUUUUCAUUCCCAUGCAAAUAGAACUCAUUUUCACAAGAAAGGUUGUGCACCUGAUCUCAUUUUGAAAGUGAGGGUUUUUGGAACUCGGAAGUGGCCUAUUACUAGGCUAUAUUGUAAGAUUUGACGCUAAUUGAUAUUCAUUGCGUUGCAGGCUUUUUAUGACUUUCCACAACCAGACAUUGAUAAUAACAGGAGGCACGGCAGGCCAAGAUGGUCACAUGAUUCCAGUCGAUGUCAAGCAUGCCAGGAGGGGCAAUGUAGCAGCAAUCGCAGUAGAUAAUUCUCUCUCUUUUGUUGAAAUUAAGAUUGCUAUAAGCUGUGGGUCGUGAAAAAUUGGCUCGAAUUGGGUUUUAUGAACAUUCGCCUACCAAAUGGUUUCCACCAGCUUUCGCUCGUUUUCUUUUUUCAGUAUCC